AUGAAGGGAUUCGUCGCCGCUACCGCUGGCGUUCUUGCGUUUGUUCCGCGCGAAGCUCUCGCUUGGGGUGCUCUUGGCCAUUCGACUGUCGGCUAUGUGGCGAUGCAGUUCAUCAGCUCGAGCACCCUGACGCAGGUUCAGUCCAUACUCGGUACCACCUACGACAAGACACUCGGUGGAAACGCGGCUUCGUGGGCGGACAGCGUCCGUUCCGAAACAGCGUACAAGUUCAGCGCGCCCUUCCACUACAUCGAUGCCGAAGACAGCCCGCCGACGUCGUGCUCGGUCAAUCUAUCACGCGACUGUGGCUCGUCGGGAUGUGUUGUUACCGCCAUUCAAAACUACACUCAGCGCUUGUUGGACACUGACCUGAGUGCGACUCAGCGCCAGGAAGCUCUUCUCUUCGUCGAUCAUUUCAUCGGUGACAUCGGUCAGCCGCUCCAUGAUGAGAACUACGAAGUUGGCGGAAAUGAUAUCUCGGCAAUUUGUAACGGCAAGACAACGAAUCUGCACGCGGCGUGGGAUACGGGAAUGUUGACCACUAGCGCUGACGAUCGCUUCGAUGGCGAUGCGGAGACGUACGCGACGUACUUAGCGGGCGAGAUCAACUCUGGAUCUUACGAGUCACUGGCGUCAGGCUGGGUGUCGUGCAUCACGGAAUCUGCCUUGAGCGGUACGAGUUGUCCGCUCGUCUGGGCCACAGAGGCGAAUGCCUACAACUGCAUUGACGUCUUCGACUUCGAAACGGGCGAUGAUCUGUGUACCGGCUCUUACUACGAAGCAGCCAUCCCUACUAUUGAUCUUCAGCUGGCCAAGCAAGGAUACCGCCUUGCGAAGUGGCUUGAUGAGGUCUUUGCGUAA